AUGCAGCACCGAUUUUCCGUAGCGAUGAGCUUGCUGGAUCUCUUUGCCGAACUUCGCCAGGAGACCACCCCAGCUACCAAAGUUGAUGGCAAAGAUAUUGACCAGGUAAAGAAGGCGGUGUUGGAUCUCCCCAAGAUUGAGGCCGAGCUCGAGGCGCCCGCGAAGAAGCAAGAUGUGGUGACGCUCAACGACCCGUUGGUGCCGCCUAAAGUCAAGGUGAGCCAGGAGAAAUUGGACGAAGCCAAGUGGUUCAACAUGAAGACACCGGAGAUGACGGCUGACAUCAAGCGGGACUUGUUAAUCAUCAAGAACCGGGCGGCGCUCGACCCGAAACGAUUCUACAAGAAGGAGAAGUGGGAGAUACCAAAGCAGUUCCAGAUGGGGACGAUCAUCGAGGGCAAUACCAGCUACUACAAUAAGCUUACGCGUAAGCAGCGCGGGACCACGCUUGCGCAAGAAAUGCUCCACGACGAGAAGACGCAAAAGUACUUGGAGCGGAAACACGGCGAGCUCGAGGCGAAACGCAAAAGCAUCAAGGACGCGCAACGCAAACGGCGGCGGUUCUAA